CAUGAUAGGGCAUCAGUUGUGAUGAGGGAGACCGACAAAGAGGACGGGAAAGGAAACAUUGAUGAGAUCAAACAGUAUAGAGACGCCCGUUGGGUGACGCCUCCAGAAGCACUAUGGAGGAUAUAUGGCUUUGACUUGAGCAAGAACCAUCCGCCACUUCAGCAGCUGCAACUUCAUCUACCCGAUAUGCACAUGGUGGCAUUUCAUAAACGGGACAAGGUCGAAAAGAUCGUUAAUAGACCAGGUGUAGAAGAGUCAAUGCUGACAGCAUACUUCGAUGCAAACAGGCAUGAUGAGGAAGCUCGCAAAAUCUUAUAUCGAGACUUCCCAGAGUAUUAUACAUGGCAGUCUGAUGGUAAAUUCUGGCAGAAAAGGAAAAACUCUGUUUUCCAAAUUGGUAGAGUCAUCUCGGCCCAUCCUACCGAGGGUGAACGCUACUUUCUUCGUGUUCUAUUGAACAAUGUUGCUGGUGUUACCUCAUAUGAACACCUCAGGACAGUUGAUGGGGUGCUACUACCUUCGUUUCGUGAAGCUGCAGAAAGGAGGGGUUUAAUCGAAGAGGAUAAUACCCUAGAUGAAUGUCUAACGGAAGCUACUUUAUUCCAGAUGCCUACCUCUCUACGAAGACUAUUUGCAACAAUAUUGGUAUUCUGCGAACCUCAUGAUGUGAUGGGGUUGUGGAUAAAACACUACGAUGCAAUGUCAGAGGACUAUAGCCGUAAUAAUCCAUCCCCGGAUCUCGUGCAACAAAUGGUUUUGAUAGACAUUAGAAACAUGUUGCAGUCUAUGGGGAAGGACAUAAGGUCAUUUCCUCUUCCAGAUAUUGAUCACUCAUAUGAUGAUGCCAGCCAUAUACCUCGUGAGAUAUUUGAGGAAGCUAGCGUUGAGCAGAAUCCUGAAGAUGUGCUAUUGUGUGACUCACUCAACGCCGAGCAAAAGUUUGCCUACAAUGAGAUAAUGACAGCUGUCUACAGCAAACAAGGUGGGCUAUUCUUUGUGGAUGGACCUGGUGGGACGGGAAAGACAUUUUUGUAUAGGGCACUUCUCGCAAAACUACGUAGCCAGGAUAAGCUUGCCGUUGCCACAGCUACAUCUGGGGUCGCAGCGGCCAUAAUGCCAGGUGGGAGGACGGCCCACUCGCGUUUCAAGAUACCCCUAACUCUUCAAGAGGGCGGUUGCUGUAGCUUCACUAAACAGAGUGGUACUGCCAAGUUGUUGCAGCAAGCAGCUCUCAUAAUUUGGGACGAGGCAUCUAUGACAAAGAGGCAAAAUUUAGAAGCACUAGACAACAGCCUACGUGAUAUAAUGGGUCGGUCACACCUACCCUUUGGUGGGAAGACUGUUGUCCUUGGUGGGGAUUUCAGACAAGUACUCCCUGUUGUGCGGAAAGGAUCUAGGGCUCAAAUAGUUGGUGCUUCUCUACGAAGGUCGUAUCUUUGGGAAUCCAUGCGCCACCUUAAGCUUGUUCGCAACAUGAGGGCUCAGAGUGAUCCGUGGUUUGCAGAUUAUUUGUUGCGCAUUGGUGAUGGAACAGAAGAGGUUAACGGAGAUGGCAAUGUUCGUAUUCCAGAUGAGAUCUGUAUCCCGUACUCUGGUGAUGCCGAUAAAGAUCUUCAUAGUUUGAUUGACAGCAUCUUUCCAAAUCUGAAUGCAAACAUGGCAGACAAAGACUACAUCACCACCAGAGCGAUUUUAUCUACACGCAAUGAUUGGGUGGACAUGAUCAAUAUGAAAAUGAUUGAUAUGUUCCAAGGUGGUGAGACGGUGUAUCACAGUUUUGACACCGCGGUAGAUGAUCCACAUAACUACUAUCCAUCGGAGUUUCUUAAUAGCCUGACCCCCAACGGGCUGCCACCACAUGUCUUGAAGCUGAAGCUCGGGUGUCCUGUCAUAUUGCUUAGGAAUAUUGACCCGCCAAUGGGCUAUGCAACGGUACAAGGUUGGUGGUACGAGGGUUCCGAAGAAAUACAAUCGACGCUGAAAUUGUUGUCGGGCAGCAUGCUGGGAAGCGGGUAUUUCUUCCUCGAAUACCGCUAUGCCCAUCUGAUGAUGAAAUGUUCCCUUUCCAGUUUAAGAGGAAGCAGUUUCCUAUCAGGCUGAGCUUUGCCAUGACGGUCAACAAGUCACAGGGCCAAACUAUCCCAAACGUGGGUGUGUACCUGCCCGCACCGGUCUUCUCUCACGGCCAAUUGUACGUUGCGAUGUCCAGAGCCACAUCAAGAACGAAUAUUAAGAUCCUUGCCCUACCACCUGAUGCGGUGGCACAAGAAGAGGAUGCCAAAAAGAUGGAGAAAAAAAAUGAUAAAAAGAAUUCUGUGGUGAAAAAACCUAAGAAUGCGUUAAAUAAAAAAGAAAAGGAUAAGAAGACCCCAACAACAGAUGGAACUUUCACAAAAAAUAUUGUUUAUAAGGAGGUCCUAACGCCAUAGACGAGGUAUUCUCAAUGAUUGAUCAGACUCCACAGGGAGAUGAUGCUUAUGUGAUGAGGAUGCUUCUCGCAUUGAGUUAUCCUAUGUUACUACGUUGAUCAAUAAGUGGAAAAUACAAAUAGAAAAAAUUCAAAUCUGUACCACUGGCCGAUAUGUUCAUGUAUAUAAGUUCAAGUAAAUAUAAAUACAUUUCAUACGUAUCUUUAAAUUCGAAUACUAUACUAGGUAGCGAUCUCGCAUCAGACCAGGCUAAGGACGUGUGCACAGAUCUCCGUGACCGUGUUUGAUUUCAUGAACUUUGUUUCUUUAAGUCAAAUGUAACUUUAUAGUUGGUAUUUAUGUUUUAUUAUAAUAUUAUUAUCUUA